GAAAAAUAGAAAAUCUCCAACUAAAACCGAAAGAAUUGAAACAUUUUCGGAUAUUUUCAUUUCAGAUGCGAGCAGCAAACGGUUAACAAAGCGAAAACAUUUAUGUGAGGAAGCAAAGGCAAAACUUAACUUCAUGAAUUAUGGAACAUGUAAAUACAACAAAUGCAACAAGACAACAACAACAACUGCAGCAGCAUCAACUGGAGCAACAGCAACAACAUAAUGAAAAUCAACAACAAUUUUGCCUACGAUGGCAUAAUCAUCAGACCAGUUUGCUGAGCACAUUGCCCGUCCUCCUCGAUCAAUCCCAUCUCACCGAUGUGACCAUCUCAGCCGAGGGUCGUCUUCUGCGCGCUCAUCGCGUCGUUCUCAGCGCCUGCAGCAGCUUUUUCAUGGAAAUCUUUCGUGCUCUGGAGGCCAGCAAUCAUCCGGUCAUCAUCAUACCUGGCGCUAGCUUUGCUGCCAUUGUGGCGCUGCUGACGUUCAUGUAUUCGGGUGAGGUCAACGUUUAUGAGGAGCAGAUACCCAUGCUGCUCAAUCUGGCCGAAACGCUGGGCAUCAAGGGCUUAGCAGAUGUGCAGAAUAACAAUCUUCCCAAGACCACAAAGAGUGCUCCGUCCACCGCUCCCGCAUCCUACAUGGAUACCACAAGCAUCGACAAGCCGCUGAGCUUCGAGGCAACCCGCAGCCCAUCUCCAACGCCAACACCUACGCCCACAACCACGCCCAAUCUUUCCAUGCCACAGCUACCCAAUCCCUCGCUGCAAGCGCCACUUUUAGCCAACAAAUUGGGAACGCCUCUUGAGAAUUUCUUUCUCAAAUCGCUGCAGUUUUAUCCGAAUCUGUUGCCACAACCACUGAACUUCUCGCAGACGGCGCUCAACAAGACCACGGAACUGCUGGCCAAGUAUCAACAGCAGUGUCAACUCUAUCAGAACAGCCUCGAAGAUGAGGAUUGCUACGGCGCCAAGCGGCUGAAGAAUACCAGCAACAGCAACGCGGGCAAUCAGCAGAGCGGUAAUUUAACAGCUCAACAGCCGCCAAAAGAUGUGAAGCGCAUCGACAAAAUCGUAGAGAAUCUAAGGACGACGAGCAACAACAAGUCGCCCAUUGAAUGUGGUGCUCCCAACUCAAUUGUGGCCACCUCACCGGUGGCUCUGGCACCGCAGACGAUGUCGCACUUUUCUCCCCAAUUACCCGUCGUCAAGUCCUCGCCCAGCAGCUACAGCAAUCCCAUGAGUGCUGGCCAAUUGUACAGCAGCGCCAAGUUGCCCAGUUACAGUGCAGCUGCGACGCCCACAACGGCACAGCAGGCGUCGCAUCAGGUGGCCACACAUCAUGCCAACACACCCUACAUCUCGCCCGAGGAUCACGCCAAGCUGCAGCAGCACAUCGAGCAAUAUGCCGCCUGUCAGCGGGAGGCGGCAGCAGCUGCAGCCGCUGGGCAAAUGGUUAGCGCUAAGUCGGAGCCGAAUCUGUUGUCGUUGACUGCCGAGAAGCUGCCAACGGCCAGCAAGCCGCCGUCAAACUCCAAGCUAUAUGCCACGUGCUUCAUCUGCCACAAGCAGCUGAGCAAUCAAUACAAUUUGCGUGUGCAUCUCGAGACGCAUCAGAAUGUGCGCUAUGCGUGCAACGUGUGCUCGCAUGUGUCGCGCAGCAAGGAUGCGCUGCGCAAGCACGUCAGCUACCGUCAUCCUGGUGCGCCGUCUCCCUGCGAGAACGAGGCGCGACGCAAGCGUGUCACCAAGUUGGCAGCGCAGUCGACGCUGACCGCAGGUGUUGCAGUUGGUGCUACUGCUUCGACGCCAUCGGCAACGGCAACAAGCGGCGAUGUGCCCACCAAUGAGACGGGUCCCAGCUCAGCGCCCAGCACGUUAACAAGCAAUCCUUACCUGUUUCUACCCAAUCAGUUUCAGCUGGCGGCUGCUGCAGCUGCCGUUGCGGUGGCCGAGUCCAACACCACACCAGCCUUGGAUCUGGCGCACGAGUUACCCAUGUUACCCAUAAAGAGUUCCCCGCCACCAGCUAGCAACGGUGAGGCAGGCAGCGGUGAAACGGGUACAUCGGCCACUUAGAUCAUCAUUAUGGAAUUAAAUUAGUUGACCACCACAAACUCACACAAAAUACACUUUACACUUAACGCACGCACACAAGCAAAUGAACCCCACCGUGUACCGAACCAAUGUCUUAGACCCGGCUGUGAUACUUAGCGCAAUUCGUCGUUUUUUCGUUUUUGUUUUAAUUUUACAAUUUUAAAUGGAAUUCUCACUAUCUGUUAAACUUUAGCGCCAAUUUGUUUGAGAGCCUGCACUUAUCGAUAACGAUAGAAACUUGAGUGGUGGCAAAACCGUAGCACCGUUUGAGAGUGACAAAAACAAACAGUUUAGGUGGCACUGCUUCGAGUGCUUCUCAAACUGUAUACAUAUUUAAGAGGCUCAGCAAAAGCACCUAGAAAACCAAAACAAACACAUACACUCACACACACACGCCUACACACAUUCUAGUAAAUUAAGUGCAAUUUUUAUAAAUACUUUAGUUAUACACCACACACACACACACAAACAUACACAACACACACGUAAGCACAACAUGCACACAAAAAGACAAGGUGAAAACCUACAAAAAACCAAGAUCAAAAAAUAAAAACAAAAAUAUUUUAAGCCACAGUACAAUAUCAAUAUGAAGUUAUUCAUUUUUUUUAUGCAAA